AUGGUCGACACGCCCGCCGUGGGCGCGGUUGCGGUGUGCUCCCUGAAUGUUAGUACGGGCGCCGCUGGGUCGCCCCGUGCGCCGACGGGCGUGCGGGACGAGCAGACCGCCUCGCCCGUGAUUCCGCGCUCGACCCCGCCGUCGGUCGAGGAGCACGACGCGCAGCAGGUCGCUUUCGUCCAACGGAAGGCGGCGCAGGUCGCCGACCUCGAGGCGUGGCACCGGGAGGCGGCGAGUCGCUGGGAGCGCCUCGCCACGGAGGACCGUCUCCAACAUGAACGCGUUCGUAAGGAUACACGCAAGUUGGCCACGGCUGUCCAAACGCAGCGGGAAGCUGUUGAGACUAUGUGGGAGGAACUGCACGAGGCGCAUCAAGUGCGGGCCACGAUCGAGGCGAAAAUCGCCGACGCCCGGUCGUCGCUGGGCAUUCUGGAAGCCCGAUACCGCGCGACUCAGGACGACCAGGGCGCUGCUCGGGGGGCCCGGGAACAGGAAGUGGCGCUGGCCAAAACCGAGGCCGUAGCGCUGGCCGAGGAGCUUAGCGUGGCUUCCGUGCAGCAGCGCCGCAUGCGGAGCGAGCACACCGAGCGCCUGGCAGAGGAGGAAUCUGCGGCGAGAGCCAACGGUGCGUCUGUCCUCCCGGCUCCGCAGUACCGCACCGGAGACGAGGUGCGGGACGGCUACGAGAGGCGUGAGCGUCAGCGGACCGCGGACACCGCCCUGCUGGAAAAGGCGGGUGCCAUUCCGGACGACCCGGUCGGUACGGGUCCGGCGCGGGAGUUGUCUGUGCCUCGCGUGUCGGGGAGCGCUGCCGCACCGGCCCGCGAGGAAACCGGCGACUCGGUGUCUCUCGCCAGGGAAGUCGCUACCAUCAUGGCACAGGUGUCCGGCUUCACGUUCGACCAAGCCAUGGCGAUGGCGCUCGCGACGAAAAAGCGCAAGGACUGCACGCCGUCCAGCGGAUCGGAGGACGGCGAGUACCGCCGCGGAGGGGGCAUUACCGGGGUGGGGACUCGAGUGACGGGUGGUCUGCGUCGGACUCUGCCGGCGAGUACCGCGGUGGUGGUCGCGGACAGCGCUAUGGCCGUGGCGGUGGACGUUACUGCUCGGGCAAAGAGCGGACUGUUCACCAGCAUUCCGGUGGGAGCGGGGACUCGGACGGGCAUGGCCGCGGGUUUGGCGGCCGCGCGCGUGGCUCUCGAGGACGUGGAGGCCGUGGUGGCGGACGUGGCAGCUAUCACACAAGCGAGACGGGCAAUGGACGCGAAGACCAGUGGUCCUGACGCCCUGACGAUGGUCCUGCGGUCGGUCUGUGGUGGACUGAGCGAAGUGACGUCGGCUUUGGUGCUGCAGCAGCUGCAGAAUUUCGCGGUUCCAGUUGACACCACCUUCAAGGCGUACCUUGAAGAGCUUAAGGUGCUAGUUGAGAGCGUUCAACUGGUUGGGUUUGCUGAGGACGGUACUUUGCAAGUAGCUGUGAAAGCUGGCGUGACAGACCAGUUUGCUACUUUGACCGCUCCGGUGUUUCAUGGUAGAAACACGCAAGCUCUGCCGUACGAUAAGUUAGACGACCUGAUGGUAGCUUUUGAAGACAUGAUUGAAAAUACGACUACAGCCACUUCGUCCACGCGCGUGCGGGGCGUGGGGUCUGCUGUGUCUCGCGGACCCGUUGUUGCGUCGGGUGGGCGCGGGGUCGAUAUGGAGGUGGUUCCUAUUCGGGUACGAAGCAGAAUGUUUCCUCCCAGUCUUUGCCCGGAACAGUACGGUAGCGACAUGUUGUCAUGUCCGUAG